AUGGGGGAAACAGGGAAAGAAGAGUACAAAAUACAGUCCUUCGACUCCGAGACUCAGAAGCUGCUGAAAACAGCCCUCAAAGGUCAGCAGGUUUUUAUGAGCUCCUCUGCCACACAGGGUUUCUGCACCAUUAAAUGGACCUGUACAGGGCCCUGCAAAGACCUUGGUUGUUUUCCAGGUGCUUCAAAGCAAUCAGGGGCCAAAGAGGGCUGGGUCCUGACAGUAUUCCUCUUCUCUGCAGAGCCCAGUAAUGUGGACCUGGAGAAAGUGGCCAAUAUUAUAGUGGACCAGUCCCUCAAAGACUCUGUGUUCAGCAAGGAGGCUGGGCGCAUCUGCUACACCAUCAUCCAGGCAGAGAGCAAACAAGUUGGCCAGAGCAUCUUCCGGAGGAGCCUGCUGAACCGGCUGCAGCAGGAGUACAAGGACAGGGAGGAGCUGCGCACCCGCUCACUCCAGGCCUGGAUCUGUUACGUCACCUUCAUCUGCAACAUCUUUGACUACCUGAGGGUGAACAAUAUGCCCAUGAUGGCUCUGGUGAACCCUGUGUAUGACUGCCUGUUCCGGCUGGCACAGCCCGACAGCCUGCAGAAGGAGGAGGAGGUGGACUGCUUGGUCCUGCAGCUCCACCGCAUUGGUGAGCAGCUGGAGAAGAUGAAUUCCCAGCGGAUGGAUGAGCUCUUCUCCCUCCUCCGAGAUGGCUUCCUUCUGCAGGAGGGGCUCAGCUCCCUGUCCCAGCUCCUGCUGCUGGAGAUCAUUGAGUUCCGGGCUGCUGACUGGAAGAUGACGGAUGCUGCCCAGAAAUAUUAUUACAGCGAAGUGACAGAUUAACCUCCUGCAGCAGAGGAGUCCCCAGCACCUUCACCAGCAAGCUUCAUACCAAGUUGGAAUUUUUCACAUUAAUUUUCUAGCACUUCCUGUAAACAGGAUUUAUACUGGCUAGAGCCUCUCUGCACCUACUGUCAGAUGCAGCUGGUCCUAGUCUGACUUUGGAGGUUCAGAACAGAGAGAAGGACACACUUCACCCAGAAAGUUUUCCCACUGAUUUUGUCUUAAUAUUGGGCUACUGCCAGCCAAGGGCUCGAGAGGCUUCUAGCUCACACCAGCAUUUUCUAUGAGUGUUAGGGAAAGCACAGUUUAGGCUGAGAACAUUUUGCUUCACUCCAAAGCCAGCAGAGCUGUGGAAGGCAGCAGGGAAAUCUCCCAGCUCAGGUAGUACCUGGUUCUCUGGGGCAGGUCACAGAACACAUCAUGGCCUCACAAACUCAACCAAGUGCUUUUUUUUCCCAGACUCCUUCCAGCAUGCUGGCUGCACCUGCAUGCACACAGCCAGGAAUAGCUGCCACGGGGCAGCCUGCAACAGGACAGGUCCCUGAGUACAUGUAGGAAUAGGUUUUAUAGGUUUUAUACAGUAACUGUCAUUUUUUUUCAGAUUUGUGCAAGUUUCAGCUACAGUAUAUUUCUUAUAAGAAUGGGUGAGGAAGAAACAAAAUAGUCUAUUGAAGGAUUUUUUCUAAUAAAAGUUUUCCACUAAAGUG